ACUGGCUAUCCGACGACGGGUGUGCAUGCGGUGAAGUGAUACACGCCGCGAAAAGCACAGCAAUCGGCACAAUUCAUUGUUAGUGAUUCGAAGAGCUUCGUUCUUCUGUUGUUGAAACGACACCGACCAACUCCAGCGUUCCCUCACGCCGCAGCUGAGUGAGAUCUUCCCUCGCUACGAACACAAUGGAACAAUUGGCCGGUGACUUGCUCAACGAUUCAGAUUCGGACGACCAGGAUUAUGUGCCCCCGGAAGGUGAAGUUGAGGAAGUUCCAGAGGAGAUAAACUCGGAUGCUGAAGAGAACUCGGACGAUGGCGAGGAACAGAAGAAAAGAACAGAUGCUCUAUGGGCGGAUUUCAUGGCCGACGUGGAACCUAUUCCCAAGAAGCCCAAACUGCAAGCCGAGACCCAAGCCGAGUCGACGAAGGAAGCAUAUUCGAAUUCCAAGACGGAGCAAACUGACCAGCCCUCAUCGAGUGGCAGCGCAGGAGCUGAGGUGCCCGCGAGAGAAUCUGCAAAUACUUCCGAUGCAGACACUCAAGGCACCUCCUCGGGCAAAGUGAAGAUCACGCAGGUAUUCGACUUUGCCGGAGAAAAAAUCGAGGUCGAGAAAGAGGUUGAAGCUGGCUCGAAAGAAGCGAAGAAAUUGCUCGCAGAUCAAGAAAAGCAAAAACAGGCGUCUGAACAGAAGACCGUUCUCGUCCGACCUAAAGUCGGAGGGGGUUUGAGCACUGUAGUCGGCUCCAUUUUGAACAAGAAAAACAAAAUGAGUGUCCUGGAGAAGUCAAAACUCGAUUGGAACGGCUUCAAACGACAAGAAGGCAUCGAUGAAGAGCUUGCGACAUUCAAUCGAGGCAAGGGAGGAUAUCUGGAGAAAAUGGCUUUCCUGGAACGAGCCGACUUGCGGCAGUUUGACUUGGAGAAAGCUAUGCGGGAGAAAAAGAGGAAUCGAUGAGCAUCUGGGGCGCGAAUGAGCUCCCAUUGAUGCUUAAUACAAUAACAAGCGAUAACACCUGUGACUUGUACAUAAAUGUGCUCAAUAGAGAUACUUUGACGCCGCCUUCAUGGUUUUCGCCGAUAUACAAAGAAUAAAAGCAAUUAUGG